AUGUACCAGACAAAAGACGAUGCAUGUGGUGAUAGUGGACUGGAUGGGUUAGGAGGACCAGGUGUACAACUAGGAAGCCCCGAUAAGAAAAAAAGGAAGACAAACACACAGGGGCCUUCUUUUCCUCCAUUGUCUGAGUAUGCUCCGCCACCGAAUCCAAACUCUGACCAUCUAGUGGCUGCUAAUCCAUUUGAUGACAACUAUAAUACUAUUUCCUAUAAACCACUACCUUCGUCAAAUCCAUAUCUUGGCCCUGGGUAUCCUGGUUUUGGAGGCUACAGCACAUUCAGAAUGCCACCUCACGUCCCUCCAAGAAUGUCUUCCCCAUACUGUGCUCCUUACUCGCUCAGGAAUCAACCACACCCAUUUCCUCAGAAUCCUCUGGGCAUGGGUUUUAAUCGACCUCAUGCCUUUAACUUUGGGCCACAUGAUAAUUCAAAUUUUGGAAAUCCAUCUUAUAAUAAUGCACUAAGUCAGAAUGUUAAUAUGCCUAAUCAACACUUUAGACAAAAUCCUGCUGAAAACUUCAACCAGAUUCCUCCACAGAAUGCUGGCCAGGUUUCUAAUCCUGAGUUGGCAUCUAACUUCAUCCCUGGAAAUAAUUCAAAUUUUGCUUCUCCAUUAGAAUCUAAUCAUUCUUUUAUUCCUCCCCCAAAUACUUUUGGUCAAGCAAAAGCAGCACCACCCCCAAAACAAGAUUUUAAUCAAGGAUCAACCAAAAGCACUAAUCAAAAUUCCUCGGCUCAGCCACCUCACUUAAAUACGGAUGACACGAUGAAUCAGAGUAACAUUGAAUUAAAAAAUGUUAACCAAAACAAUGCAGUAAAUCAAGAGAAUAGCCGUUCAAGUAGUGCUGAAGCUGCAAACAACAACCAUGCCAAUGGGACACAGAAUAAGCCACGGCAACCUCGAGGCGCAGCAGACACAGGCACCACGGAAAAAAGCAAUAAAUCCUCCCUUCACCCAAGCCGCCGCGGCCAUUCUUCUUCCGACCCCGUGUACCCGUGUGGGAUCUGUACGAAUGAAGUGAACGAUGAUCAGGAUGCCAUCUUGUGUGAAGCCUCUUGUCAGAAAUGGUUUCAUCGGAUCUGCACCGGAAUGACUGAGACGGCGUAUGGCCUGCUAACUGCAGAAGCAUCAGCAGUCUGGGGCUGCGAUACCUGCAUGGCUGACAAAGAUAUCCAGCUGAUGCGCACUAGAGAAACUUUUGGCCCGCCUGCAGUGGGCAGCGAUGCUUAA